AAGCGGUGCAUAUAUUUAUUACCUCUCGGGUUGAUUGCGUGAUGCACUCGGCGGGGCCGUGACGUUGAUGUUAUGACCACACAAAUUAUACCUGCCCAUCGGCACAGAACUACCAUCUCGUUCCCAAGGCGGCCUGUAAGAAGUCGCCCCACGACCAUCGAAGAGGCGCUCGAGCGCAAAGUGCCUCCCCAUCGGUUGCUCUUACAACACGGAAUGACUGCACAAAGCAACUUGAUACAUACGACAACAUCCUGCGAGCUCAUGGCAGACGAGCUUGUCAUGAAGCACGCGGUAUUGCUUGCAAGGAGCAGCAUCGUUGAGGGGGCGGCAAAGGCAGUCGAGCAUGUGGCGCCCGUCGUGCUGGAAUCACAGGCCCCCAAUUUGACAUGCGUAAGUACAUGGGCACCGGGAAACUCUUGCCUGGGUAUACAAGCACGACGUCAUGCUGAACGUGCCAGUGCGCAUCUCGUCGACGUAAAACACAUUGCUUCGGUUGUUGGGGUCCAACGGGGCAAGCGGAGUGCGACCCAAAGGUGCACCGAUUGUACGCUCCGCAAACGUCUUUCUUCGAGCGGCUCACCGAAACAGAUGAAUGGAAAACACAACGACAGCCGAAGUCGCCCCCUGCAGUCGGGGUGCAAGGAUGGCCCACGUCGCCGACGUAGACGGCGGCACGUGGGGAUCACUCACUUGGACGUGGUUGCCGGGAACGACGACGGAGAGGUUGCGAGCGGUCAGGGCAACCAAGGCAUCCACUGCAUGUUUGUGACGGAGCUAUGACAUGGGCAAUUGAGGAAUUGUGGAUGCUGCGAUCGAUACUCGAGGAAUCAACACAACGCUUGGUGUUACUGGCGACGGCUGUCCGUCGCCUUCACGAUGGCAUCGUCGGUGUGGACGUUGGUCAAGCCUCCUUUGUCAUUCCAUGCAUACCACGAUUCCAUGAUCAAAGGCAUCCAUCCCUGCGACAAAUCGAUGGAAUCCAAUCAUGAAAAGCUGAGCCAACAGGGCGCAAUCUACGCUCCCAGAGCGAGCCCCUUUAGACGUCGCUUAGCUUGAAAGGAUGUUUCCUCUUGUGCUCAUUUAGCUUGACGUUCCCCAUGCAUUUGAACUUUCGGUUGGAGGCGCUGAAGAACGGUUCAAUCG